AUGUCAGACGCUGUUCCUUUAUUACCUAACGAUAUAACUGAUGAUGAAUCAGAAUUGUCUCCAGAUUCUCCACAACCUUCCAAAUUAUUCAAAAAUUAUCGAUUCAGAAACUUAUUGGCCUUCAACUUAUCGGGAUUUUUUGCAAUUUCAUUCGUGAUCUUUCUAACAUCAUCUCAACCAUUCUUCAUCAGUCAAAUCUUACGUAUUGAUAAUAAUAGAAUAGGCAAGAUAAUAGGUCUUUUGGGUGUAGUUGAUGAAUUGACUAGCAUUUUAACAUCUCCAUUGAUCGGUUCGUUGAAUGAUAAAAUUAAUAAUUCCAAUUUACUUUUGAAUGGUUCAAAAUUGAUAGUCUUUGGGAGUUUCUUAUUGAUCACAAUAUCAUUUUUGAUCUAUGGUUUAUGGGAUUUCCAUAGUUGGUAUCAAUUGAUUGUUCCCAGAAUCAUCUUUGCUGUCGGUAUCACCUCGGGUAUGAGUAUGAUUCCUGUUCUUUUACAUCAAUUGAUCUACUCAGAUUUCAAAUUCUCCAAGAUCUUCUACUGGAAAAGAAACACCGAUACUCCCAACUCCAAUUUAAACAAGAAUGGGAAAUAUUCUGCCAUGAUCGGUAUAGCUACAGGUUUGGGUGCCAUUUUCUCCGUAUCUUGCUUCUUAUCAUUACCUGUUAAAUUAUCAAUUGAUUUUGAUUUGACAGCCAAAGAGGGUCUUAAGUUAAGUUUCGUUAUCAUUGGAAGUAUUUCAAUAUUAGUAGGGUUAUUCAUGUUGACAUUCCUUUAUAGCUUUCCUACAAAGAACUCUUCUGUGAGUUAUUUUCAAUUAUUAGCUACCGGUUGGUCAAAAUUUUUAUCGUCUUCUUCAGUGAAAAUUGCUUGUAUUGGGGGCUUUAUUGCUAGAUCGACUUCAGUUUUAAUAGCUGUAUUCAUUCCUUUAUAUGUUUAUAAGUUUUAUUAUCAAAAUGGUUUAUGUGAUGCUGAUGGUUUACCUUCCAAGACCAACUGUUAUGAUGGUUAUGUAUUUGCAGCUAUUAUGUCAGGGGUGGUACAAACCAUUGGUUUGAUAUCUUCACCAUUUUGGGGUUAUGCUAUAGAUAAGUUUGGUAAAGUUCCAUGCCUUGUAACCAGUUCCUUAUUCGGUAUAGUUGGUAAUUUGUUGAUGGUUUUAUUCAACUUAGACGAUCCUCGUUCAGCCUUAGUGUUCUUCCUUGUUAGUUUAGUGGGCAUUUCUCAAAUUGGUACCGUUAUAACAUCGAUGAGUUUGAUCUCUGUGGAAAAUGAUAUUGUUGGGUCGAUUUCGGGUAUUUACAAUCUUUUCGGAGGUUUGGGGAUUCUUUUAUUGAAUCAAUUUGGAGGUUUUACAAUUGACUAUUGGAGUUUAUCACCAUUUUUCAUCAUGGGGUUAUUCAAUGCUAUAUUAAUAGUGUCAUGCUUUUUCAGUACUCGAACGUAA